GUAUCGAAAAAUAGGCGUUUCCGAAAAAACUAUUUCAAAGCGACGCAGCCGAAAAAGAAGCUUUCUGCGCUCGCUUGCUCACUCACUUACCCAAUCGAAGCAGAUGCCAGUUCCCUCCAUGUUUUCGCUACACUCUCUUCUCCUCCUACUGAUCUCUAUGAUGUUAAGUUUGGUUACAGCUUUAAGUGAUGGAGGGUUCUGCUCCGCACCUUCAUUAUUUGAUGCGGAAAAGGGUUCCAAACCUCGCUACUGGAAAGUUACAAAUCCCACUCUUUCCCCUUCUCAUCUUCAAGACUUACCAGGUUUCACACGCAGUGUUUAUAAAAGAGACCAUGCUUUAAUAACACCUGAAAGUCAUGUAUUCAGUCCUUUACCUGGGUGGACAAAUACAUUAGGAGCAUAUCUAAUCACACCAGCUAUGGGCUCGCACUUUGUGAUGUACUUAGCAAAGAUGCAAGGAAAAUCAAGAUCAGGGCUCCCUCCUCUUGAUGUAGAGAGGUUCAUAUUCGUAGUUCAGGGUUCUGUGACUCUCACGAAUACAUCUAGCACCAGUCACAAAAUAAUGGUGGAUUCAUAUGCCUAUUUACCUCCAAAUUUUGAACAUUCUGUGGAAUGUGAUGCAUCUGCUACUCUUGCUGUCUUUGAACGAAGGUAUGCUUCCCUAGACAAUCUAAUUACUGAACUGAUUGUGGGUUCAACAGACGAGCAGCCAAUUCUUGAGACUCCAGGGGAGGUGUUUGAACUUAGGAAGCUUCUUCCCCCAUCACUGCCUUAUGACUUCAAUAUCCAUAUCAUGGAUUUUCAACCCGGUGAAUUCCUUAAUGUGAAAGAAGUCCAUUAUAAUCAGCAUGGUUUACUGCUAUUAGAGGGAAAUGGUAUUUAUCGUCUGGGUGAUAGCUGGUAUCCAGUCCAAUCUGGUGAUGUCAUUUGGAUGGCCCCAUUUGUGCCUCAGUGGUAUGCUGCUCUCGGUAAAACCCGGUCACGGUAUUUGCUGUACAAAGAUGUAAACAGGAAUCCAUUGUAAUGACAUGCAGCAAAAAAUUUGCCCUUGGGCUUCAUUUCUGGCAAGGAGAGGUCAAUUUAUGGAGCAAUAAACAUGCUGCAAAAGCCUAUAAACGUUACAAUGGAUGGGUGACAGUCAUCCUUGUGUAAUCUGCUUAUGGUACCAGAAAACUGAGUUUGUAAAACUUAUUUGGUAAAUAAAUUGACAUUCUGUCCUCAUGUAAAAUAAAAGAUUCUUGAGCAUUGGUGGGAUAUUUUCUGUUGAUCAUAAACCUGCAAAGAUUAUAAUUUAGUUAACUACAUUUUAGUUUA